CGAGCUUCUGACGAGUGUGUAAUCCAAUUUCAACAAUGGCGGAAGCAGCAAGCCUGGUCGACACAUCAUCCCCAAUCGCCAAGCAGACCUCCUCCCCAUCCUCCACCGCCGCAUACCUCCAGAAAACAGACGAGCUGCAGAAGGUGUUCGAGAAAUUCGACUCCAACGGCGACGACAAGAUCUCCCUCUCCGCGCUCGUGGACGUCCUCAGAUCCAUGGGGACGAACUCCUCCCCUCCAGAUCUCCACUCUGCCGCUCAUUCUGGGGCGCCUCAGCGGCCGCCGAGCUCCGCGAGGCCUUCGAUUUGUACGACGAGAACAAGGACGGGCUCAGCUCCGGGUCCGAGCUCCACCACGUGCUCCAUGGAGGAGUGGUUCAGGAUGAUCAAGGGCGUCGAUUCUGACAGCGACAAAUGCGUCAAUUUCCAGGAGUUGGAGAAGAUGAUGGCCAACGCCAACAGUGUUGCUGCUGCUGUCGUGAACUAGCAUCCCCCUCCUCGCUCGAAUUGAAAGUUCCCCGCCGCCGGUAUCUUCUGCUUUUUCUCCGUUUCCGUCUUUCGUGUCUCCGUUUGUUCUACCAAUUGUGAUGUUGUCGAAUUCGAAUAUGAAAUCUGGAAUACUCAUUAGCGGGUAGCCAUUAACGAAUGCUUGGGGAUGUUAUAAUUAGGUCACUCCUAGACGAUCCCUUUGCUUAUCUAUGAUUGAUACUAGUACUACAAGGACUACAUAUAUCUGAUUUGAACUGUGUAUGUAUGCAACCUAAUGCAAUUGGCCCAAUUUUAGAAUGCUUUCGUCUAUACAUCCCCUUUGCUGUUUUGAAUUGGAUGACUCGAUUAUUAUGUAUUCAUGUCUAAAGUGUCAUGAAUCAUGAUGCAAAGAUGGUGGAAAUGUGGGUUUUUGGGUAACUUAAUCUUCGAUUAAAGAAACAUUUUGGGG